AUGGAAAUCGAGCUGCCAGAUUAUGAUACGGAACAAGCUUUAAAAGCUAUUCUAGGGUCAGACCAAUCUCUUUUAGAUAUAGAUCAAUUGAUUCAUGCCACAAAAACGGCAAAAGUACAGUUAGAAGACGAAAUAACGGCAUGCUCUGUCUCACGAGCAGAUGGAGCUAAGAUAGACGAGAGGUCUGAUCUGAGUGCAAGCUUCGGUAGCCUCUUGAGCGAAGUGGACGGUAUCACUUCUCUUUCUCGAGACACAGAAGCGACAAUUUCGAAGCUGACGAGAGACAUAUCGUACCUAGACAAUGCGAAACGAAAUCUGACGCAGUCCAUGACUUUAUUUCAAAAUCUACAACUGCUGAGUGAAGCAUAUUUCCAGUGUCGGCAAUUGCUCGAUUGUAACGAUUUCAAAGCAAUGCGCUCGCCCUACAGUCUAAUGAGCGGCCUCCUUGAGUUUUUCAAGAACUACAAGUCUGUGGAAGAAAUUGGGAUAUUCAUGGGAAAGAUAUCUCGUCUACAGACAGAGACACUUGCAAGAAUAAAGAAGACCUACCAAAAGCUUCUCAGCUCCCCAUCCUUGUCUGAGGCCGAUACCAGUGAAUCGAUGUUGAAAGAUGGUGCGUGUGAACUCUUAGAGACAAAUUCUGGAGCCAAAGCCGAACUGAUAGAUUGGAGUGUGAACAAACUCCUCUACGAAAUAACCGAAAUUUUCCAAGUUAAUGAUGAAGCAGGCUCUUUAGAGAACUUGUCCAGGCGUUAUGCUUACUUCAAAAAAGUUCUAAACAGCUUCAAUUCAGAUUUUUCACAAUUUUUCCCUAAAUCUUGGGACAUACCAAUCAAACUUACCUCCCGCUUUUAUGCCACCACUAGAAAGGAUCUGGAGAUUUUGCUCAAGCGCGAGCUAAAGGACCAGCCGUCAAUCGAUCUUUUUAUGGGUUCGUUACAAACCACACUCGAAUUUGAAAAAUACAUGGAUGUGAAGUUUGCAAACCGUUUAAGUAACGACUAUGGCAUUGAAAAGAUCUCCAAAUCUUUCGAGCCGUACCUCGUACUUUGGAUUCAGCAUCAAGAGUCUAUGAUGAACUCCAAAAUACUCAAUUACAUGGCGGAAGACAAGCUGUCGCAAUCUUCAGAGUCCCUGGUUUUACCAUCCAGCGCUGACCUUUUCAGGACUUAUAGAUCGCUUCUUGCUCAGACUUUGGAGCUCAUUGAACCUGGGAGUGGCAGAGAUCGAAUGUUGUGUGAACUAGCCACAUUUUUCAAUACAUGGCUCACCACUUACUCUAAAAAGAUACUGCAGCCCAUCCUGAUUACACCUGAUGUUCAGAUUGAGAAUAAAGAAGAGGCUAUGCUGUACACAUUGCUGGUUUUGAACACGGCCGAUUACUGUUCAGCUACCAUACGGCAACUCGAAGAGAAACUGACGGAGUAUUUGACUGAAGGAAAAGAUCUCACACAAUUGUUCGACAAAGUACAAUCGCGAUAUAGCAGUCUAAUAUCGAGUGCCAUGGAUAUACUUUUGACUUUAUUAGUAUCUCCGGAGCUGGCCUUCGCGUGGAGGGAAUUCGAAAACACCGACUGGAAGAGUGUCGUAGUUGAAGAUUAUAGCAGAUACACAAUCACAUUAAAAAAUGUACUGCGAGAUGACCAAUCAAUCAUGCGUAAAGUUAUCUCCCGCUUUAACAGAGAAAUGUACAGCUGGAACUUUAUGGACAAAGUCUUAGAACUACUUCUGAGUGGUUUUCUGAAUUGCAUCCUCAGACUUUUGAAACCAAAGCCUCCAUUUGCAAAUCUCAAUAAUGCUCGGGUCUUGCAACUUGCACAGGUUGUUAACAUUGGGGAGCAACUUCAAUUGGAUGCGGAAUGCUUAAGGCAAUCCCUGAAUUUUUGGGCCGAUGAUAUGGCUGAUUUGAUCAAUGGGAGUAACGCUUCCCUGAAGAGAAUCAAAAAGCACAUUGAGCAAGGAUUCGACCAUUUGGUUAUGUUUACGAAACUUUUGGUUGUUCCGUUAGAGGUGCCAGAGACCUAUCAAGAAAAUUAUUGUGCAAUCACCGCUAAUAACACCAAUAUUUUAUCCUGGUGUUUUAUACUAGCCUUGAAAGGUCUUCCGUGGGACUUGGCCGAGUGGAAGCUUCUUCAUAGUGCUUUUAAAAACUCAAGUGAGGUGGGAGAGUCGAGCAUACUUCCAGUUUUUGAAAGAUGCAGAUCCAUACUAGUGCAGUUCGAAUAUGAUUUAUCUCACGUAAACGAUGCAACUUGGCAAAGAUUUAUUCACAAUGAUCUGGGUAUUAAACCAGUACCUAUUAGAAGUCCGAUGCCGAGCUCAGCUGGGGGCUCUAUGUCACCAACGCAACGCAUACCGUCAAGCAAAAUAAAUGGCAACAUCAAAAAUUUGAUGUCAAACACAGGGUUCUUUAAUAGAGGUGGGUAA